CCCGCAACUCAUACUACAGCUUGGAAUGUUUUUCUUAAGCGUACAAUGUGCUGUAGUCUUUAUCACUGGUCUACUGUGUAUAGAAUAGUAAUCAGCUUAAUUAACGAAAAGGAAAAGUCUUUCACGACUUUCUAUUCUUUCCACUAUCAGCGCUAGUUGUUUAGAAAUUAAAUAAUAAAAGUGUUGAUUUAUUUUCCGGUUAAAUAUUUCGCAUUUAUAAAGAUUAAUUUUAGAUAUUAGUAAUACAAAAUACGUGGUGCGUUAAUAAACAAUCAUUGGUGUAUUAACCUUCAAGCAAACAACACGAUGAAGAAUAUACAGCUUCAACUAGAAAAAAAUGGUUUUGUUGUUCUCGAAGAUUUUUUCCUUCCGGAAGAAAUUGAUGAAAUGAAAUCCAGUGGAGAAAGCUUGACAAGCAAUUUACCGCCAGAAAAUGAACGAAAGAUCUUCAAUACAGUCGAUCAGCAACAAAAUAAAGAUGAAUAUUUUUUAGACAGUGCUCACAAAAUCAGUUAUUUUUUUGAAUCAGAAGCUUUGGGAGAUAAUGGUGAACUUAAAAUUGACUCAAAAAUAUCAUUGAAUAAGGUUGGACAUGCUUUGCAUUGGCUCCAUCCAACAUUUAAAAAAUAUACUUUUGAUGAAAGAAUCAAGGAAGUAGCGUUUCAAUUAAAUUUUCAAGAACCUGCAGUUUGUCAAUCGAUGUAUAUUUAUAAAAAUCCUGGAUUAGGAUCUGAAGUGAUAGCUCAUCAAGAUGCUACUUAUCUUUACGUUGAUCCACCAAAACUUGUUGGAAUCUGGGUAGCUCUCGAUGAUGCAACCCUCGAAAAUGGUUGUCUAUGGAUAGCACCAGGAUCACAUAAAAGUGGAGUCCAUCGUAGGUACUUGAGGAACAAAGAUUCUGGAUCUUCAGAGCUUUUAGUCUAUGACAGACCGAUGCCACGUUAUCCAGCAAGUAAUUUUCAUGCUGUACCUGUCCGUAAAGGCUCUUGUAUCGUUAUCGAUGGAUUAGUUGUACAUUAUUCCAAACCAAACCAUAGUGAAAAAUCACGACAUGCGUACACAUUUCACAUCAUCGAGACCAAACAAACGACUUAUUCUAAAGAAAACUGGCUUCAACCACCCAUAAGAGGAUUCCCAUUACUUUAUAGAAAUUAGUCUUUUAUUUUUACACUGUAUGUACAUUUUUCUUUUUCAUACAAAACAAAUACAACUGUAUAAAAAUAUUUACUAGCUUUACUGUACAGCUCUGGACUACUUUGUUAAUAUUUGGUUCUCCCGGUUAAUCGACGAUUUACGCAUGUACACUAAGAUGUAUGUAAUAUAUUUUUAGAGUACGAUAAUAUACAAAUAAAGAAGAAUCGAAAAACGAGUAAGAAAA